AUGGACGAUAACGUUACGGUAAACUUGUACGAUCUGGGUUAUUUCGAAGGCUUGUCCGCUUGCAUCAAUAACUACAUGAUGUUCCGUUUGGUAUCCUCCUUUGACGUGUACCUUUCUCAGCAGUAUCGCCGUCCUCUUCAACAAUUUUCGACUCCAACAUGUACGGCACCACGAUGGGAGAUUUGCGUGCAAGAAAUAAUUGACUACCUGGGUAUGCCGUUGGCGACAGCUUUUGCUGACACCUACUUCUCGGCGGAAGACAGGAAGAAGGCUAUAGAGAUGAUAGGCGACUUCAAGAAUUCUAUGAAAACUCUCCUACUGGAUGCCGAAUGGAUGGACGAAACAACAAGGGCAGCCGCUUUGAAGAAACUCGAGACCAUGAGAUAUAAGAUAGGAUUUCCUGACUAUAUUUUCAAUGAAACCGAGGUUCUACGGCCUUUCAAGGGCGUUCAUUUGGUAGCAGAUCGCUAUUUUGACAACGCCUUGGAAUUGAGAAAAGCAUCUAUACGAGACAAUCUGAACGACUUUGAAAGCGAAAAGCCAGUCUGA